GAUAUAUUUUAUUCUAUGAUGCAUGUCAGUUAAAGCGGUUGGCGGUUAAGGUUAAUUUUGAAAUGGAAGAAAAUAUCAUAUUCAUUGAAAAAUGUUUAAAAAAAUAUGAAUAUCCGAAUAUAUAUGAGGCAGACAUUGGAGAAAUAUUAGGGGGUUCUAACAGAAUAUUUCUAUUAUCAUGGUUGUACAAACUGAUACAAGGUGAAUGCUCUGAACCAAGUACAGAGGUUCUAUCAAACUUUUUAAACGCUUAUGGAUUUUGUUCAGCAUCUCAAACUGAAGGAUUUAUUCAAAUGAGCUUAGACUAUCCUAUUCAGGUUCAGAUUUUCUGCCGUAUAUUCAGAAUGCUCAACACUGUAAGGAAAGAGAGUGUUGAGAACUCAGAUGAAUUGUCAUUGGAAAUGAUCCAGAACUUUGUGAAAACGGAUGUGAAUAUAUUUAGAUCUUUUGGGCAUUUGAAAACUUGUGAGAAUGUUCCUAAGAGGGACACAAAUACAAAGUCAUUGGACCAUAUACAAUGCAUGAAUGAUACAAAUAAUAAAAUAAAAAGUUUAUCAGUAAUGAAAGAGAAGAUAAACUGUACUGCUGCUAUAAUUUCUGAUAUUCUGAAGUAUAAAGAUAUUACAGACUUCAAUAUAAGUAUAGAUGAUGAUAACAUAAAGGCUGUGGAAGAAUUCAAUGAAAACCUAUCAAAAGCAAAGGAGGUUAUCAAGAAUAUUCAAAUCAUGUCUAAUUUGAAAGAUGGACUAACUUUUGAUCAAGUAAUAAUUCCUGAAGAAACUGAAAAUGAAUAUAUAAGAAUGGCCAAAGAAAUUGUUAAACUGAUUUAUGAAAUUUAAUGUUUUGAAAAUAAAGACCACUAUACAAAAUA